AAAGCAUCCAGCUUUGAACAGAAAACAUGGUUUAAAAAAUAAACAAGGUAAGAGCACCACCUACUGCUUAAAAAAUGAAAGCAAACGAGGCGAUCGGGAGGAGCGGCGGUGCAUGGAGUGCGAUGGGAGGGCAUGGUCCAGAUGAUUGAUUGAAUGCAGGAGGGGAGGAUUGAGGAAUGAGGAGUAGGACAGCAGGAGGGAGACAUGUGAGAUGUCGAUGGUGGGAGUCCGACCACAUUGUUUUUUGUUUUUUUUUUGGGUUGUUAUGGUUAUGGGAAUAGCUUUAUUCCAUGGGUGUGAAAAAGUGGUACUCUUUCAACUUUGUGAUCAUUACACAUGUUACAUGAACAUGUCUCCUUUUUUCUGUUUUUCAUCUCCCCAUCCAACGGCUGGAAUAUGGUCAUCCAAAAUGGAGGGCUAGGAUUAGCCUGGUGUGGCGGGAAAACCAGGAGAUGGGGGACUGGGAGGAGAACGGAAGAUAUUUUUAUAUUGUAUUAAUCUUUUUUCUUUUUUCUUUUUUAAUAUUAUUUGGAUUUAGGGGAAGGAGGAGAGGGAGGGGAGGGCGAGGGUAUCCCAUGUCGGAUAAGACAACACCGACGGCAGGUAGGUUGUCCACGUGGGGCCCUCACAUGAAUUCCCGGUUUCCGUUACGGUUCUUUACGUUACUUUUCUCUUCCCCUCCUGUCUUCCGUUUCAGUUUACUAAACUACCCUCACUCCCCCUCCUUUUUCUCUGAUUUUUUUUACCAAACAGCCCAUUGGGAGCGGGAUGUGUGUUUAGAGAGAAGUAACUGGAUUUGAAGGUUAAUUUGGAUGAAAGCUUUAAGAGAUUAAGUUAAUCGAUAAUCAUAAACUAAAAUAAUGAUGGUAUUAUCACCUCAAUUAUGAGAAGGGAGAAAGAGAAAAAGGGGGAGAAGGUGGGGAUGAUGUAGGGGCAGUAUGGUAAAUAGAGAGUGGCCAGUAACUGAGAGAGGGAGUCAAAAGGGUCAAACGACCCAUAACUCACAGAAACACAACCGCUAGUGGUAUUGAAUCAAGGCGGAAGCCAAGCAGCAGGCGCAUGAUUAACGAGGCUAAAAGGUGACGUGGCGAAAUCCCAUUGGAGAAUUGGAGGUCGUCGGGAUUCAUAGCAGCAUCAAUAAAGAAAGAAAGAGAGAAGGAAAAACCAGUCACUCUCAUCUGCUCUCUCUCUCUCUCUCCUCUCUCUCUCUAACCUGUGUUUUUUCUUUACCCAAUUUUCCUUUUCUCUCCCCAAUUUCUUACUCAUUUUCCCUCGAAAUUUUCGAAUACGGCUUCUGCAAUGCAUGAUCUUGCGAUCAAAUUCCGUUUUGAGCCCUGAAACCCGAGUUUUGUACGAGAUUUUCUGAUUCAGACAAGUCGCUGACUUGGAUAGGAAAUGCUUGAGGCAGUGGAGAGUUCCGUCAAUGGCGGAUUUUCUCAGUUGCAGAGCUGUGGUGACAGCAGCGAAGAAGAGCUCUCCGUUCUUCCUCGUCACACCAAGGUAGUCGUCACCGGCAAUAACCGUACCAAAUCUGUGCUUGUGGGCCUCCAGGGCGUGGUCAAGAAGGCUGUCGGCCUUGGUGGUUGGCAUUGGCUGGUUCUUACAAAUGGUAUAGAAGUAAAGUUGCAGAGGAAUGCUCUUAGUGUGAUUGAAGCUCCUACUGGUAAUGAGGAAGAUGAUGAUCUUGAAUUUGAGAACAUGCAGUGGAAUGGCUCUGAUAUGGCUUCUGAUGACACUCAAAAGUCCCACAGAUCCAGACAUCGAACACACAAGUCUUCCGGGUCAUCACAUAAGACCAUGAGCAGGUCCCUUUCUUGUGACUCACAGUCUAAGGGAUCUAUUUCUACUCCAAGAGGGUCUACGGUUGACUUGAGCAAGCUAGAGAUGGCUGCAUUAUGGAGAUACUUGCGACACUUCAACCUUGUGGAUGGCAUCCCCAACCCAUCUAAGGAGCAAUUAAUUGAUGUUGUUCAGAGGCAUUUCGUGACGCAGCAAAUGGACGAGUUGCAGGUCAUCGUGGGGUUUGUGCAGGCUGCAAAGAGACUGAAGACUGUCUGCAAAUGAUGUUUGCAUGAUUUAGAGAGACCUUUGCAUUUGGUCAGUGACGCUAACAAAUACUGGUACCUAAAUGUCCUCUUCCCUAUGUAGUGAUAUCUGUAACAUAUGUAUGGUGGUCUUUUCUUUGGGUUAGUAAGCUGGUAUCUAUGUUUUUCUGAGUUAUUCAAGUUUUACUUCUUAGUAGUUUAGCUAUGUAGAUAUUAUAUGUAAACUGGUGAGAAGACCUUUAAGAAGUUGCCGUGGCUUCCUAAGCUUGGUUGAAUGUAUUACUGACUGAGGGAAGUGGAUUUUUCUUAAAUGUAUAUGGUUUAGUUCUUCGCUGCAA